GUGACGAGCAAUCCAACACCGCCCGCAAACACCUCUUGAACGCCAAGAGGCCAGCACGACAGCUACGACUCGAGCUAUGUCGCAUGGCCGUCACACCGUACCCAAGCACCGCGCUCUCCCCGAAAAGGAGUCGCGGCUUUUCAAGGAGGUCCUCCAAUUCUACGAAGCCAAGCAGUUCAAGAAGGGCAUCAAGGCCGCAGACCAGAUUCUCAAGAAGUUUCCCAACCAUGGCGAAACCAUUGCGCUGAAGGCGCUGACGAUCCACUCGUCGCUGCCAUUCCCUCCCACCCCCACGUCAGUGCCCAAGGCCGAGGAGGCCGAGGCGAUGGCGCGCGUGGCGAUCAAGAAGGACAUGACGAGCCACAUCACUUGGCACGUGCUCGGGAUCCUGGCGAAAACGCGCAAGGACUGGGACGAGGCGACCAAGGCGUUUGCAAUGGCUCGCAGGCAAGACCCAGACAAUAUCCCUGUUCUGCGUGAUGCGUUUGCCCUCGCAACUCACACGCGCAACUACGAGUCCGCAGCCGAGGCCCGUCACCACUUCCUCUGCCUUCGACCGCAGAUCCGCUCAUCGUGGCUCGGCCUCAUGGUUGCGCACGACUUGGCCGGCGACUUUGAGGAAGGUAUCAAGGUGUUCGAGAGCUACGAGAGCAUCUUGCAGGAGGAUGGUGCAACUGCCCCGGAGCGCGCCCAGGUCCUCCUCUUCGUCAUCAAGAUGUACAUCAAGGUCGGCCGGGCGCAGGACGCCCUUGACCGCCUGGAGCGUGGCCUCAAGGACGGCGUUCUCUCACCUCGCGGCGAGGCUACUCUCAUCCACGCGCAGCUGUUCGGCGAGCUGGGCCGCAACGAGGAGGCUGAGGACAAGUACCGCCAGCUGCUUGAGCAAAACCCCGACAACCUCGAAUAUUACCGCUUGUUCUUGAAGAGCCGCGGGCUUGACAUGUCGGGCCCUCUCGACGACGAUGCUACCGCCAAGGUCCUCAAGGCGCUUGACCAGUUUGCCGAGCAAUUCCCUCGUUCGACCGCGCCGAAGCGCCUGCCCCUGGACGUUGCUAAGGGAGAUGAGUUCCGCAAGCUCGCGAGGGCGUACCUUGUCCGUGGGCUCGAGCGUGGCGUGCCCUCGCUCUUCGUCGACGUCAAGGGCCUCUACACGGAAGCGGCCAAGAUGCAGGCCGUCGGCGAGCUUAUGGAGGAGAUUGUGCGCGAUCUCGAGGCCGAGCACUCGUUGCGCGGCGACGACACCAUUCCCCCGCCGACCGCGUUGCUCUGGGCCUACUACUUCCUCGCGUUGCAUCUUGUGCACCCACUGCGCGCUCAGGCGGAGCACAAGCGUGCGCUGGAGCUGCUCGACGUUGCAUUGAAGCACACGCCAACGCUGCCUGAGAUCUACAUGGCCAAGGCGAUGGUGCUGAAGCGCGCAGGGGACCCGCUGGGCGCCGCGUACGCGAUGGAGGAGGCGCGCCAGCUGGACUUGCAGGACCGCUUCCUAAAUGGAAAGGCAGCCAAGUACUGGCUGCGCGCUGGGAAUGUUGAGAAGGCCGAGGAGCUCCUUGCUCUGUUCACCAAGAAGGAGACGACCGCGGUGCAGGACCUCAUCGACAUGCAGUGCCUGUGGUUCCUCACGGAGGAGGGCGCGGCGCACACGCGCAACGGUGCCCUCGGCCUGGCGCUUAAGCGGUACCAGGCUCUUGUGACCGUUUUCCAGGAGUAUGAGGACGACCAGUACGACUUCCACUCGUACUGUAUGCGGCGCAUGACGUUCUCUUAUUACAUCUCUUUGCUCGAGUACGAGGACAGGCUGCGCGCUCACCCUGCGUUCCUGCGCACGGCCCUCGCCGCGAUCGACAUCUACGUCCGCGUCGCCGACGACCCGUCCAUCACCGAGGUGAAGCUCACGCCCGAGGAGGAGGCGGAGCGGAAAAAGGCCGCCAAGAAGGCCGCCAAGGCCGAGGCCAAGGCCCGCAAGGCGGCGCAGACCUCGGGCGAGAAGAAGGAAGAGGGGCCUGUGCCUGACGCCGACCCGCGCGGCGAGGCCCUCCUCAAGACUGAGACGCCUCUCGAAGACGCCCUCAAGCUUUGGAAGCCCCUCAGCAUCCACCACGCCCGCAACCCCUCUACUUGGGUGGCAGGGUACGCGCUGCACGCGCGCACAGGCGCGUUCGCCAAGGCUCUUCGUGAUCUGCGCCGCGCGGCGGCGCUCGACCCGCACGCACCCGGCCUCCUCCCGGCGCUGGUUGACUUCCGCCUCCGCCUCAAGGACGCGACCAUCGCGCCUGAGGUGCGCGGCGCCAUCGACGCCGUGCUCCCCUCGCUGAUCCAGGGCGAGGUCGCGGAGCUUGCCGCUGCGCGCGCGCAGCAGGGGCCGCAGGGCGUGCUGGACGCCGCGAAGGCGCUGCUCCGUGCCGGCGACAACGAGGGCGCGCGCGACACGCUCCUCCGCCUCGCGGAGACGCCAGACGUCGCGCUCAUGCGCGAGGCGCUCACCGUCCUGCCCGCUGAGGCGGCGGCGCUCAAGGCCGCGUACCACAAGGCUGCGCCGCUCGCGUUCGUCUUCGCCUCGCCCGAGCAGGAGAAGGCGCACGAGGAAGAGCUCAAGGCGCUCUACGCGCUUCCCACCCCCGACGCCCAGUAGAUUGUUACAGUGGUCCGGUGGCCUGUCAUACAUACCCUAUGCAUGAGUGAGACAUCGCGA